GGUGAAUCGAUUAGGAGGCUUUUUCAUGAAAAUUGCGUCAGCUUUUCCCGUAACUGUGUCAAUUAGGAGAGAUAGUAAACGUAAUUAUACAUCCUGUGAUCGUCUAACAAUUUUAUACACAGACUCUCGACAAUGGCUGAGGCAGCAUCACGGACACCAUGCGGAGCAGGAGAACAGCUGAACAACUUGUCUUUGAAUGAUGGUGAAGAUGAUUUUGUGGACCCAUGGACCGUUUCCAGCAAGUCUGAGACUGGCAUUGAUUAUGACAAACUAAUCAGAAAGUUUGGCAGUCAGAAAAUUGAUGAAGAACUUUUGCACAGAUUUGAGAAAGUUACGGGAAAGAAAGCCCAUCCAUUACUGCGCCGCGGUAUAUUCUUCUCGCACCGUGACCUGCAGAGCAUUUUAAACCUACACGAGGCCGGCAAGAAGUUCUACCUUUACACUGGCAGAGGACCGUCUUCGGAGAGCAUGCAUAUAGGACACAUGAUACCAUUUAUGUUUACUAAGUGGCUUCAAGACACAUUCCAGGUACCCCUCAUAAUCCAGCUGACGGAUGACGAAAAAGCGCUGUGGAGAGACAUCAAGAUUGAGGACGCACGGCAGAUGGCGUUUAAUAACGCGAAAGAUAUCAUUGCCGUCGGAUUCGACCCUAAGCGCACUUUUAUUUUUAAUGAUCUGGAUUUUAUUGGAAAAUGUCCAGAAUUCUACCAGAACAUGGUGCGCGUACAGAAGUGUGUGACAUUCAACCAGGUGAAGGGCAUCUUCGGCUUCGGCGACGGUGACGUCAUAGGCAAGAUCACCUUCCCUUCCAUUGAAGCUGCGACUGCCUUCUCCACCAGCUUCCCGUUCAUUUUUGAAAAUAAAAUUGUCCCGUGUCUCAUCCCGUGUGCGGUGGACCAAGACCCAUACUUCCGCAUGACGCGCGACGUGGCCGCGCGCCUCAAGCUGCCCAAACCAUCUCUUAUCCACUCCUCGUUCCUGCCCGCACUGCAAGGCGUCCAGCACAAGAUGUCUGCCAGUGACCCUAAUACGUCCAUCUUCUUGAGUGACACCCCUAAGCAGAUUAAAAAUAAGAUCAAUAAAUACGCAUUCUCUGGAGGACAAGCGACGAUUGAAGAGCAUCGGCAGAAGGGUGGCAACACUGACGUUGACAUAUCGUACAAGUACUUGACUUUCUUCCUCGACGACGACGAGAAAUUGGAACAGAUAAAAAAAGAUUACGAAUCCGGUGCCCUUCUAACUGGCGAAUUAAAAAAGAUAGCCAUAGACACAAUAACACCUAUUCUCCAAGACUAUCAAACACGCCGUGCUAAGGUCACCGACGACGUCAUGCAAGAGUUCUUCACGCUGAGGAAGUUAGAGAUCUGAGGGUUGGAGUGCGUGUCUGACGUGAUGGCGGGAUAGUGCCUGAACGAUAGACUGGUUUUGUGGUCUUCGAGUGGGUGUAAACUGGCUUCCGUCCAUUCCGUUGCGUGAACUUGUUUAAAACUUGUGUCUUUCAGGGCGCUAUUUACAACCGACACGCAAGCGACAUAAGAAGAGGCGACAUAAUUAAGAGUAGUAUGAUGAGUAGUAUACUUCCGCCGCUUGGAAGUAGCGCCGUGUAAGACGUGCCUUACACUAUUGUGAAAUAAAAUAACGUCGAAAAAAUAUGUAUAAAAAUAUAUAUUUUAAAAAUCUACCCCAUUGUUGUUGAAAAAAUAAUCACGUAUACAUUUCAUACUAAUAGUAAAUUAUAUUUCAUACCAAUAGUAAAUUAUAUUUCAUACCGAUAGUAAAUUAUAUUUCAUACCAAUAGUAAAUCUAAAAAACAUACCAGUAGCAAAGUAGUGCUAUAGAACCCAAUUUUUAUCCGUGGUUCAACAGCGUAGUUCUACUAUGUACCAAGGGCAAUGUUUUUGUCCGUGGUACUACCAGUAGGACUAAUAAGAAAAUGAUUACUAUGCGUGGGCCAUCUGAAUCCCAUAUAUAUUUUAAUUUAUUAUUAAAAUAUAGGUUAUUUUGUACAUAUUUCAAAAAGACUGAAAGUGAAUGGACACCCGUUAUUGCUUUCGUUACCACUAGUACCACAGAUGGGAACUACGGUGGUAUUAGUGAGACUUUUCCGACUAGUACCACCAUCCGAAAUGUUGAAUGACUGUGGUACUAGUGAGACAUUUUUGUACCACUUAUUCAUAUUGUAUCAGGGUAUCAGUAGCUUGUCAUCUGCGUUUAGAUUUAUUAUUAGUUCAACCGCAAUGUUGGGUAUACACAACAUUGGGGUUGAACCCUAACCUACAGACCCCCGGUGAUAGAACCGGGAUGGCGAAAUUAUUCCAUGCAAUUCCGUUACACGCUCUCCGUGUAUAUCCUGUAGAAUACUGAUAAGAUCUUUUAUAUCUUAAGAUAAUAUUCAUCAACAUUAAGGUCGCCUUCAAAUUAGACGCGUAUAGAAGCGCUACAGUGCUGCGGCAGCCGCGCGCCAGCGUUAAGUAAUUUUCAAUUCACUAGCUUACAGCGGGUGCGGGUCGGGCGCGUGUCGGGUCGGGAGCACGGCGGGUAAAUUCCGUGUAUUUAUGUGUGUUGUCGUCCAUAUAAAUACACGGAAUUACACUCGCCGUCGCGCCCAACUCGCACCCGUUCUCGGUGUGUUUCACGCUUAAUUGCGACUGCAAAAGAGGCUCGCGCGUGUCACAACAUUGGCGCUGCAACUGUGCUUUUAAAUAUUGUGUAUAAAUUAGCAGUGGUGCGGUAGCAGCGCCACAGUGGCGCCACUG